CCCUCCCUGCGUGAUGAUGCAAAACCCUGGGGAGGGUGGGCGCUGGGAAGGGUGGGGAGAGCCUGAGAGCGAGCGAGGGUGGGAGGGAGUGGGCGGAGGAGGAGAGGGAGCCGAACGCGCAUUUAAAGCGAUAGCCAUCCUCGCUCUCUCCCCAGUGCUGGGCUGUUGGAGAGCUCGAGCUGCAAGCCACCGAGCGCGAGCUCGAGCGCGGCGCGCUGGCCGGGGAACCCAAGAGCGCACGGCGCCCCAAGCUGGCAGGCGCCGCGGGACCCCCCACCCUCGCCGGCUGCCCUUCCCCGGGCGCCCCUACCCUCCUCGCCCGCAGGAGACCCUGGGCUUCCCCGGAGGAGCUCACCCCAAGGGGCCAGGACUCCGGCGAGCCCGCCACCGUCCCCUCGAGUGCCGCCGCCACCACCGCAGCCGCGGGAGCAGCAUGGUCCAGCUGGGGAAGCUGCUCCGCGCCCUGACUUUGAUGAAGUUUCCCUGCUGCGUGCUGGAGGUGCUUCUGCGCGCGCUGGCGGCGGCGGCGCGCGGCCAGGAGAUGUACGCCCCGCACUCCAUUCGGAUCGAGGGGGACGUCACCCUCGGGGGGCUGUUCCCGGUGCACGCGAAGGGUCCCAGCGGAGUGCCCUGCGGCGACAUCAAGAGGGAGAACGGGAUCCACAGGCUGGAAGCGAUGCUCUACGCCCUGGACCAGAUCAACAGCGAUCCCAACCUGCUGCCCAACGUGACGCUGGGAGCGCGGAUCCUGGACACUUGUUCCAGGGACACUUACGCGCUCGAACAGUCGCUCACUUUCGUCCAGGCGCUCAUCCAGAAGGACACCUCCGAAGUGCGCUGCACCAACGGCAAGCCUCCGGUUUUCGUCAAGCCCGAGAAAGUAGUUGGAGUGAUUGGGGCUUCGGGGAGUUCGGUCUCCAUCCUGGUAGCCAACAUCCUGAGGCUUUUCCAGGUAGGGGGGCGCUCCCUCCGGGGCAGAGCGCGCCGUAGCUCCCCGCGCUCUUUAUCCUGAAGGCUGGCUUGGACUCCAGGGGUGCGGGGUCUGGUCAGCCUUCGCUCAUUUCCACCCUGGAGAUCCUGCCGAAUCCCUCCCACCUCACCCGAGGAGGUACUUUCCCUGCUUGAUUCAUUUCCCUUCCAUCUCUCCCCUGUCCGCGCUCCACUCCAUCCGGCUUGACAUUCUGGAUUUAUGGCCCCAUUGACAAGAAACAGUCUCCGAAAAACAAGGCGAUGAUUUAAAUGGGUUUGCAUUCGAGUGAAAUAUGGUUCCAAAACAGGCUUGUAAAAGUGCCGGGCUCCUGUGAGAGCCACUUAGGCGCAAGGAAUAUGAAAGAUGAGAAGACGCCUAGAAACUAGGCAUUUCUCAACUCCCCAGGUUCCCUGCCCCAAGCCGCCCGACAAGCUGCAGCUGCCUUGGAAAAUUUCGAGAAGAGCUUAGGGAGGCAGUUCUUAAACCGAAGGCUAGGUCUUCACCUACAUUUGGACGUGAAUUGCCCAUUUCGCUCGGGUUGGAUUUCCCGACCUGUCACCUAUCUCUGCGAGGGCAUGGGGCGGAAGGCGUGGGGACUGUCCUCAAGCGGGGAGAAGCCACCCGCAGACGUGCCCCCGGGUGAUUUGCUCUGGGCAGUUGUUUGCACCGUCUAAACUGCCUUUGCGAUCCGGCCACUGGCAGGAGCCGGGCGAUCAGCUUUCUACUUCUGCCAGCUCAGAGCCCGGAGGUGAGCUCAUGCUAACUGCGAGACACAGUCGCUUUUUCUGCACUCACCCU